ACCUAAGUUGAUGAAAAAACAUGGCGGCCUGACUUCUAAUUUCAUCUGUGUCCUCGAUUUUGUAACAGAAUUCGUGAUAUUAGAUGUACUAAGAACAUCGUAGCUUUGAAAAUGGCCUCUCUACUUGCUGAUGCAGCGAUCUCACAAAAAAUCGCCAGUGAGCCAUGGCCAGAGGAUGUCUGCCUCUACCAGCCUUAUAAAUUACAACAGGUGCUGCUGCCAGAUAAUGCACAAUGCUUGGCUGUCCAGUGCUAUCUGCAGAUGUGUGGUCUUCCCUUCAGGACAGUACUCAGAACCAAUGCUGAACAUAUGUCCCCCUCAGGGAAGCCACCUUUCCUUCGUGCAGGGCCGUAUGUCAUCUCAGAAGUGGAGCCCAUUAUCAAAUUUGUGUCCACUAAGGGCCACUCCCUGAGUGACAAGCUGGACAAACCCCAGCAAGCUGAGAUGAAGGCAUACCUGGCACUGGUGCAAGGGACUCUGGGAAAUGCUGAGCUCUACAUCUCAUGGUGUGACCCAACAACUGCAAGUGAGAUCAGCAGACCGAGGUACAGUUCCCCCUACCCCUGGCCACUGAACACCGUCCUGGCCUACCGUAAACAAUGGGACGUCCAGAACCAACUCAAGGCACUGGGAUGGUGCAGCAAGAGUCUCGAGGAGGUAUAUGAUGAGGUGGACAAUUGCUGUAAGGCCCUGUCACAACGGCUCGGGAACCACCAUUAUUUCUUCAAACAGGGGCCCACGGAGCUUGAUGCUGUAAUGUUUGGCCACUUGUACACCAUACUCACCACCCCCCUCCCCGGUGACUUCCUGGUGGACAUAGUUCGGCAGUACGACAACCUCAUCAACUUCUGCAUCAGCAUUGAAAAGAGGUUCUUCCGCAAGAGAAGCAAGUGACGCGGCCCCACAGAACUUGAUGCUCUAGUGUUUGGCCAUUUGUACACCAUCCUGACCACCCCACUCACAGACAACUGUCUGGCAGACAUCGUCAAGGAGUACGGAAAC